AUGACAGCCGCACCGGAACAAGUUCCUGUCGGAUGCGGACUGUGCAGCAACCCUUCAGCUUUAUUGGCUUGCCAGAGGUGCAAGACCACAUUGUUUUGCGAUGCAGUUUGCCAGAAGCGCGCGUGGCCGGUGCACAAACUAAACUGCGAGACUCUGGAGGAUCGUUUUGCCAAGUACGACAAGGAGCAGGACCAGCUCGAACAAGAGGAGAUCGACAGAACAUGCCUGCACCAGCGAGAAGUCGAAGAAGCUGCGGCAAAGGAGGAAGAAAUGGCAGCAACGCUGGAGGCCUUCUUCAGCCGUGGCACCUCCAAGAAGAAGGCAGAGUCUAAACGACCAGACUGGCUUCCUCGAAAGGAGGAGGUUCCUGAGCCUGAAGAAGAGCUCCAACAGAAGGCUGCGCCGGUACAGCAGAGUGGCAAAGUCACAGAAGGCAUUUGCAGAGAGACUUGCUAG